AUGUGCGAUCUGCUCUGGUCCGACCCAGAGGAGAUCGACGGAUGGGGUUUGAGCCCUCGCGGUGCGGGUUACCUGUUUGGCGGUGACGUGGUAACCAGCUUCAACCACAACAACAAUGUGGAUGUGAUAGCGAGGGCGCACCAGCUGGUGAUGGAGGGGUACAAGUGGAUGUUCAACCAGCAGCUCGUUACUGUCUGGUCCGCCCCCAACUACUGCUACCGGUGUGGCAACGUGGCAGCUAUUCUUGAGCUGAAUGAGAAUCUGGAGAAGAAAUUCCGUGUUUUUGAGGCAGCACCGCAGGAUGCUAGAGGAGCUCCUUCCAGACGGCCUGCUCCUGAUUAUUUCCUCUGA